CAUGAUGGCGGCGGCAGUGGCGGUGGAGGUGGAGGUGAGCAGCGAUUCUUCCAGCAGCACCGCGGAGGAGGAGCGCCUGCAGCGGCUUUUCCAGACGUGUGACGGGGACGGAGACGGAUUCAUUAACCGGAAUGAUCUGCUGAUGGUCUGCCGUCAGCUGAAUAUGGAGGACUCUGUGGCGGAGAUCAUGGGUCAGCUAGGCGCCGACGAGCGAGGAAAGAUCUCCUUCGAGGAUUUCACUCGCUGCCGCAUGCAGCUGCUCAGUGAGAUCCAGAAGGAGGAAGGACAGCUUUCACUGCGCUCCAGCGACUCCGAGAAGCAGAAACUUCAGGAACGCAUCGCCUCCUGGCCCACCAGCAGUGACAAUAGUUUAGGCGCUCGGGAGAGUUGGGAGUUUGAUUCAGGAGCCCGGGAUUUACAGAGUCCAGAGCUUCAGUCUCCAACACACACACAUCCUCAUCUUCAUCCUCACCUUCAUCAUCACCCGCAGAGCUCUCCUUUACUGCAGAAACUCCUGGAGCAGCCCGGUGUUCUGGAGCCUUCAUCUGGGGUCCAGCAGCUCCUGUCUCAGCCUGCAUCCAGCCGCAGCGGGGGCUACCUGGAGCUGGCCAAUACUCUUCAUCUGGCUGCACUGGCAUCUCUGAAGGGCGACGUGCUGGAACUGAACCAGCGGCUGCUGCAGACGGAGAGAGAGAGAGAUGCUCUGGAGAAGAGACUGACCACCGCACAGUGUGAGCAGUCUCAUCUGCUGCGUGAGCAUGAGGAGGUUCAGGAGAGGACGACGCUGCGCUACGAGGAGCGAAUCACAGAGCUGCACAGCAUCAUCGCAGAACUCAACAAGAAGAUCGACCUGCUGCAGGGAGCCACCAUCAGGGAGGAGGACGAGUUUUCGGAGCUGCGUUCGGAUCUCAGUCACAGUCAGCAGGAAGUGAAUGAAGACGAGCGCAGUGUGGAUCAGGACCCCGAUCAGGCGUCCCUCUCGCUGCCUGAAAACCAGUCCAUGCUGGUCACUGCAGACAUGGAUAACUGCAGUGACCUGAACUCUGAGCUGCAGCGUGUCCUGACGGGGCUGGAGAGUGUGUUAUGUGGCCGUAAGAAAAGCACCUGCAGUCUGUCUGUGGCAGAAGUAGACCGACACAUCGAGCAGCUGACCACCGCCAGCCAACACUGUGAUCUGGCCAUCAAGACUGUGGAGGAGAUCGAGGGCGCUCUGGGUCAUGAUUUUUACCCCAGUCUGUGUGAGGAGCGUGUGCGCUGGGAGAAGGAGCUGGCCGGCCUGCGGGACGAGAACGAGAGUCUGACAGCGAUGCUCUGCAGUAAAGAGGAGGAUCUGAACCGCACUAAAGCCAGCCUGAACACCAUCCGAGAGGAGCGAGACCGCCUGCGCAGACGCGUGCGGGAGAUGCAGACUCGUCUCCAGAGUGUUCAGCCCGGUGCUCCGCCCAGUCCCGGCCGUCUGACUCCCGCUGGACGUCCCAUAAACCCGAGCACUGGAGAACUGAGCACGAGCAGCAGCAGCAACGACAUCCCCAUCGCUAAAGUUGCGGAGCGAGUGAAACUGUCUAAAACCCGCUCAGAGUCUCUGCCGACAGAGAGAUCCAUCCUGGGCUCUGAGAUCAGCAGCAUUGGGGUGUCUAGUAAUGUGGCAGAACAUCUGGCUCAUUCUCUGCAGGAUUGCUCCAAUAUCCAGGAGAUUUUCCAGACCCUUUACUCUCACGGAUCCGCCAUCUCCGAGAGCAAGAUCCGAGAGUUUGAGGUGGAGACGGAGAGACUUAACAGUCGAAUCGAGCACCUGAAGUCUCAGAAUGACCUGCUGACCAUCACACUGGAGGAGUGUAAGAGUAACGCUGAGCGGAUGAGCAUGCUGCUGGGCAAAUAUGAGUCCAACUCUACUGCACUCAGACUCGCCCUGCAGUACAGUGAGCAGUGUAUCGAGGCAUAUGAGCUGCUGUUGGCUCUGGCUGAGAGUGAACAGGGUCUUGUGUUGGGUCAGUUCAGAGCGGCUGGAGUCAGUGCUGUGGGAGAGCAUGCGGGUGAGGAGAGCAUCAGUCAGCUCCUGAAGAAGGCUCACGACAGCAGGAAAACAGCAGAAAACGCUGCUAAAGACCUGCUGACGCGUCUGGACGGAAGCUGCGGCGCUGCGUUUGCUGUCACCGGAUGCAGCGCUCAGCCCUGGGAGAGUCUGUCCUCCAACAGCCACACCAGCACCACCAGCUCCACGGCGAGCAGCUGUGACACAGAUUUCUCCAAGGAGGACGAGCAGCGUCUGAAGGAUUACGUGCAGCAGCUGAAGAACGACCGUGCGGCAGUGAAGCUCACCAUGCUGGAUCUGGAGAGCGUCCACAUCGAGCCGCUCAGCCCAGAACUCAGAGCCCGCGGCGGGGGAGACGCGCAGAGACUGGACCUGGAGAACGCUGUGCUCAUGCAGGAGCUCAUGGCCAUGAAGGAGGAGAUGGCGGAGCUGAAGGCUCAGCUUUAUCUGCUGGAGAAGGAGAAGAAGGCUCUGGAGCUGAAGCUGAGCAGUCGUGAGGCUCAGGAACAGGCGUAUCUGGUGCACAUCGAGCAUCUGAAGGCUGAGCUGGAGGAACAUCAGGAGCAGAGACACACAGCACUCACCUCCACCUGCAGUAGCAGCGGCAAGGACUGUGGAGACUCUCCAUCCGUCAGUGUGUGUGAUCUGAGGAAUCUCAGUGAUGGUGAUCUGGCAGCAGAACUCACAGGCGCCCUCAGGAGAGAGAAGAAGCUGAAGGCUCGUGUUCAGGAGCUGGUCUCUGCGCUGGAGAGAUUGACCAAGAGCAGUGAAGUCCGGCAUCAGCAGUCGGCAGAGUUCGUCAAUGACCUCAAACGAGCAAACAGUAACCUGGUGGCGGCGUAUGAGAAAGCCAAGAAGAAGCACCAGAAUAAGCUGAAGAAGCUGGAGUGUCAGAUGAUGGCGAUGGUGGAGCGACACGACACUCAGGUGCGCAUGCUGAAGCAGAGGAUCACACUGCUGGAGGAGGAGACCUGCAGACCACACACCAACGAGACCUCACUCUGACACACACACACACACACACACACAUACACACACAUUCAUUACACACACACAUAAGCAAAAAUCUAAACAGUACUGAGCAGAAAUGAGUUGACCCCUCACAGAUCUCUCUUGUCUACUGCUUUACUAUAACAUAUUAGUGCAGAUACAUUAGUCAGUAGCAAAGACAAACCUGGAGCUAAAAUAGAUAAAUAAAAUAAAUAAAUAUAAAGAUUUUGUUAAAUGCCUCAAAAUAUAAUCUCUAUAUUCACUGAGAAAUAAAUACAAAUGUUCAUUUUCAAAAGGGAGUGUAUUUAUUUCUGCUGAGCACUGUGUAUAUAGACAUACACACACACUCACAGAUACAUAACACACUCAUACUAACUCAAUUCACACACACACAUCAAACACACACAUUCUUACACACAAACAUACACUUAACACACACACACACACACACACAGAGGAUGUUUACAGAGAGCCUUCAGGACGUCUCCAUCCACUCAACUCAUCAAUCAUUCAUGAGGAUUAAACCAGAAGACGUUUAUCAGGAUGUUCACGCUGCUCUUUUACACACAGAUACACACAAACACUCUAUAUCCCACACACUCUAUGAGUCUUCGCAUGAAACCACGGGUCAGACUUGCGCUUCAUUCACAGUGAGCUCUCAUUAGUCAGCAUUAAUUAUGACAGUCAAUAAUACACCUCUUACAGCAUUAUUUUCUAAAAAAUCCUUCAGUGUAGUGAUAUGGAGCUGUAAAACCUGCCGGAACUACUUUCUGGAAGUAACAGCACACAUUAGGGGCCGAUCACACCAAAGGCGCUUUACGUUCCAAAAACGCGAGGCGCAGCACUCUGCCAUGUGAUGACAAGAAAAAAAGAAGCACAGUGCAGUUUUUACAUCAAUACGCAGCGACUGAAUCUGCUGCACAUCGUGCGAGAGUAUUACUGUUGAUAUUUCUAUAAUAUUUAAUAGUGUUGUGAUUCAAGAUUUGUGAGUCCUACAGCACUGGAUAACUCAAAACUGCAACCACUAGUCUCUCCUCCAUCUUCAAAAGUCUCUGUAAUUGUCUUUACAACACAAUGGCUGCGUCUGAAAUUGCCUACUACUACUCAACCGAUUAAAAAAAGUACACUGUAUACAAUAUGAAUGUGAGCAGUAUGAAGGGAACUCAGAUCCGCCAUUUUAUCAUCAUCACAUGACCUACCCGUGUGAGUUGCGUCGCUUCACUCAAUAGACUGUAAAUGAUAUGGACGUAGUAUCCAUGACGUCGCCUAUAGGUUUCUAAAGAACGCAAAUGAAGCUACAAGUGGGCGUGGCCAGCUGACGCCAUUUUGUUCGCACGUCAUCGCACUGACCGGAGGAUACCAAACAAGAGCAAAGAGGCGAAGCGUGAGCGUGAACUACAGACACCUGCUAGCAUUUAGCUUAGACAGGCUUUACUUUGAGAGAAACGCUUAAUACUUCAUUACCUGCCACUCGUUUGUGUUCUGACCACAUGUGCUUGGCUGUACACUAUAUCAAUAAAGUGUUUAGACUUUUAAAAACACUGUAGUAAUACAUUGAGCCGCUAAACAUUGUUCUUAUGAUGUUUUUCUACAGGAGGAAAACGCCAAUUAUUUUCAAACACUUCAAAUUAGUAAUCAGUUUAGUAAUUAGAAAUCAAUUAGUGUGAGUAAAUGUAAGGCUAUUGAUGAAAUAACAGUGUAUGAUAACGUUUCAGAUCUAGAGCCUACAGCUAAUCAAUCUGUCAGAUUCUGGAGUGCUUUACAGCUCUAAAGAGAAUUAAAUUAAACAAAUACAUUUAUAGAGAUGAGAUAUAGGUAGAUAAUUUCACUCAGCUGGGAAAUGGAGGCUACUUGAACAGUUUGUGAGCACAAUUAAGUGCACACAGCGAGCUAAAUCAUCUGAUAAUUGCAGGAAAUAAUUCCAAAAGGCAGCUGACUGUGUAAAGCCACAUAAAACAACACUAAAAUACGACGUACAUGCUCAGUUCAGCAGCUAAUCAGCCGGAAUGAGCUGAGAUGAAGUGAUGGUGACCAGCGAGACCUAGCUGUCACUCAAGUGGCCACGCCCUUAAUUAUCUAACUUAAUAUAACUUAAUAUAAAGGAAACAGAGUUUCUCACCCCCUCACAGUUGUCAUGAAGGGUAAUAUUAGCUAUAUAGACCAAAAUCAUCUUUUGUACCAGGCUGUAAACAUGUUUUUAUUAGCUGUAAAAUUGGCCAGUUUAGCUGUUUAUCUGGAGUUCCUGGAGCCAGCCCCCCAGUGGCCAGUUCAUGAAUUGCAGUUUCAGUUUCUUCUGUAUUGGCUUCCCGAGGGAGAGCGGGAGGUUGCCACUUGCUUUACUCCCAUUCAUGAAUUCUUUCACGGUGCAUCAUGCAAUAGUGUAGCGUCCAUCCGAUGUGCACUUCUGAAUCUCGCCGGAAGUAGUACAGGGUGUCAGCGGGGUCUUAAAAGGUAUUAAAAGUUGAUCAAUCAAUUAUGAGAAAUUUAAGGCCCUUUAAAGGUAUUUAAAAGUCUUAAUCGCAUUUUUACGAGGUCUUAAAUUUAGUUAAAGCUGUGUCCAAAGUGUUUGACUGCAAAAUAGCAUACAUAUAUUUAUUAUCCUCCUAAUAUUAACAACGGCGUGCUUGAUCCACGCGAUCCACGAGCCGGGGUGCGUCCGGCAAAGCUCCUCCUUCCGGGUGAUGUCACGUAAUUUGUGACAAUCCCGGGAAGAUGAUGUGACGUUCUCCACAUGUAGUGAAGCCAUAGAGUGAAACUGACGGCAAAAUGGGAUAAUGGAAGUUCAGUUGGAGAUAGACAAGUUAAAACAGUGUCUGAAACCUGUCGCUGAAAUUAACCGCGUUAUUUAUUCCUUCAAGCUUUGUUUUUUCCACUUAUCUGCUUAUUCCGAGUUCUGUUGCACAGUUGUGUUCAAUUCACUUAUUUAACUACAACUACUGAUGAGCAACUGUUGAUUGAGUUAAAGGUUUGAUGAUGAUUAGAACUUGAAUUGGCGACGAGGUAUUAAAAUACUCUGAGAAGGUCUUUAAAAAGUCUUAAUAAGCUAUUGAAAUUACCUUCAGGAUUCCUGCAUUUACCCUGUAGUAGGUCAUCCGGGUACGUCUCACGUACUGUUUUUCGAAUUCUAUUAAUUCGACCAUACUACUCUGCUCACAUACUGUUUUUAGCGUACUAUAUAGUAUGGAAGUAUGCGAUUUCAGAUGCAGCCAAACACUGCAGGCACCUCAACGGAAACCCCGCCUCUGCUUUCAUUUGAUUGGAGAUUGAAAGAAACUCGACUGACGUAACGCUCUUUUUCUGCUCUGAGCUGCCGAUUUUCAACAGCGAACGCACAGUGUGCAACAGCAGAAGCGUGAGAGGCGCAAAAGCAGCACGCAAAAACACUCGUGGCCAUUAGUAAACCAUUCAAAAAAGGCGCCUCAACGCAAAAAGCACGUUAGGUGUGAUCGGCCCCUUAGAAUGCUCAUCAGCCAAUCAGAAUCAAGCAUUCAGCAGACCAGUAGUAUGUUAUUUAAGGUUAACAUUAAAACUACAACCAUUUAUAUUCAUUUAUUUUAUAUUAAGCUUAGUCCCUUUAUUAAUCUGGGGUCGCCACAGCGGAAUGAACCGCCAACUUAUUCAGCAUGUGUUUUUCACAGCGGAUGCCCUUCCAGCUGCAACUCAUCACUGGGAAACACCCAUACACACUCAUUCACACACACUCAUACACUACAGCCAAUUUAGUUCAUCAAUUCACCUAUAGCGCAUGUGUUUGGACUGUGGGGGAAACCGGAGGAACAUGCAAACUCCACACCAAAAAUGCCAACUGAUCCAUCCAGGACUCGAACCAGUGACCUUGCUACCCGCUGUGCCACUCUAAUAUUUAAUCAUAUGACAAUAAUAAUAAUAGUAUCAUUAAGCAUUCAUUUUAUUUUGAAUACUACUAAUUUCUUUCAUUUUUAUUCAUUAUUAAAGUUACAUAUUUUUUAAUAUGGUUAUAAUUUAACAUCAUUUUAACUUGAUAUAAUAGUGUUUAUUUUGUUUAACACCUUUAAAAGUUAACAGCAGAGAAAAACACACAUGAAUUAAACAGAGUACCUAUAAAUCUUACAUUAAUAAAUCAUCAAUGAACGUCAUAUGAUACAAUAGAAUGUGAACUUAAUAAUGCUGCGGCACAGUGCUUAGCACCACUGUCACCUCACAACAAGAAGGUCGCUGGUUCGAGUCCCGGCUGGGUCAUCUGGCAUUUCUGUGUGGAGUUUGCAUGUUCUCCCCGUGUUGGUGUGGGUUUCCUCCGGGUGCUCCGGUUUCCCCCACAGUCCAAACACAUGCGCUAUAGGGGAACUGAUGAACUAAAUUGGCCGUAGUGUAUGAGUGUGUGUGAAUGAGUGUGUAUGGGUGUUUCCCAGUACUGGGCAUCCGCUGUGUAAAACAUAUGCUGGAAUAGUUGGCAGUUUAUUAUCCUGAUAAAUAAGGCGCUAAGCUUCAGGAAAAUGAAUGAAGGAUAAAAUAUCGAUAACAGAAGAAAUCAAUAAUACUGAAGGCGGCGACAGCAACCUAAAUAAACUUUGUGGUUUGCGGUAAGAUCUGUGCAGAGCAGCAGGCAAUCGUAAUAUAAUGAAAUAUUGAUAAACAUGGAUAACCUCUGAGGUUGUAAUGAUGUUUCUAAAAUAAUGUACCGUGAUUAAUUAAUGUUGUCUAAUGAAGGCUUACUGUAAUGCUCACCCUACACCAUAACAACACGGCUCUUCCUACUGAGAUUUUGUCCUGGCUUUAGUCUGAAUAUCUAACAUUUCUGACAUCAAGAAGCAUUUUCUAGACAAGUAAAACAUAUCGUGUUGUUUUCAGUUCAUUUUGAGCUAAAAUGAAGUGAGUUUUUCAUUAAAACAAGCAAAAUAAUCUUGAAUUUGCUUUCAAAUCAUGUUAUUUAUCUCAUUUUAAGGGAAAAUUCACUUAAUUUUGACUCAUUAUUUCUAAAAUCAACACAAUAUUUUUUGCUUGUCUAGAAAAUGCUUCUUGAUUUAAGAGUUUUUAGGUAUUUGGAUUAGAAAGUAGACAAAAACUCCAGGUAAGAGAAGCAUUCGUGCAGUGUUUAGCCUUUCUGCUUUUCAAGCCAAACAUAUGAAUGAUGUGGAGACCAUGUAAAUCCUCUGUAUUCAUAAUUAUGCAGAGAAAACUCACAAUACUGGACUCAGAGGUUGGAAACUCUUGAAAGAAACCUUUGAAAGUUCUACAGCGAGUGAAUGCAGAGAUACAGAAUUAUUUUUACUCCUUUUUUUGUAUUUUAUUUUGUAUUUUUUUAACAGAAACACACAAAAAAAAAAGAUUUUUAAGCAAUAA